UCAGUUCCAGAGGAUUCAUCCUGGUUUUUGGACGUGGGGCUGGUUUCAGUCUGGGUCAUGGACGCCGCCCUCCAGCGCCUCGACGCCGCCGGGUUCCUGCAGAUCUGGAAACGCCUGGACCCGGACGAUCACGGUUACAUCGAAGGGAAACAGCUGGAGGAGCUUUUCCGACACGCGAUGGAAAAACUGGGGAUGAAGGACGACGUCAGCGCAGAAGAAAUCCAACGACUGAAGGAAAAACUGAACCAGAACCAGAACCAGAACCGGACCGACCCGUCUGAGCACAAACGACUGCACAUCCAAGAG